AUGCCUGCGCUCGUCGACGAAGAGACCGCCCCCGGGCGCCUUCUGCUGCUGUCCAACCGGCUGCCCAUUACCAUUAAGCGUUCCGAUGACGGCAGCUACACCUUCUCCAUGUCCUCUGGCGGUCUCGUCACCGGCCUCAGCGGACUGUCAAAAACCACUAGCUUUCAAUGGUACGGCUGGCCGGGCCUCGAGGUUCCCGAGAACGAGAUCGCCGGCAUGAAGCAGCGUCUUAAGGACGAGUACGACGCCCACCCCGUCUUCAUUGACGACGAGCUUGCCGACAAGCACUACAACGGCUUCUCCAACUCCAUCCUCUGGCCACUCUUCCACUACCACCCCGGCGAAAUCACAUUUGACGAGAGCGCAUGGGCCGCCUACCGUGAGGUCAAUCGCCUGUUCGCAAAGGCCGUUGUUCAGGAUGUUCAAGACGGCGACCUGAUCUGGGUUCAUGACUACCACCUAAUGCUGUUGCCCGAGAUGUUGCGCGAGGAAAUCGGCGACUCCAAGAAGAACGUCAAGAUUGGUUUUUUCCUGCACACACCCUUCCCUUCCUCCGAGAUCUACCGUAUCCUGCCCGUCCGCGAGGCCCUCCUCACAGGCGUCCUCGACUGCGACCUCAUUGGUUUUCACACAUACGACUAUGCUCGCCACUUCCUGAGCAGUUGCUCUCGCAUUCUUGGAACACCCACCACCCCGAACGGAGUCGAUUACAACGGCAAAUUCGUUACUGUCGGCGCAUUCCCUAUCGGCAUCGAUCCUGAGAAGUUCGUCGAGGGUCUCAAGAAGCCCAAGGUACAGGAGCGGAUUGAGGCCCUGAGCCGCAAGUUCAACGGUGUCAAGCUCAUCGUUGGUGUCGACCGUCUUGACUACAUCAAGGGCGUCCCGCAGAAGCUCCAUGCCUUAGAGGUUUUCCUGACCGAGCACCCCGAAUGGAUCGGUAAAAUUGUGUUAGUACAGGUCGCCGUGCCUUCACGGCAGGACGUCGAGGAGUAUCAGAACCUGCGCGCCGUCGUCAACGAGCUUGUCGGCCGCAUCAAUGGCAAGUUCGGUACCAUCGAGUUCAUGCCCAUCCACUUCCUGCACCAAAGUGUGUCGUUCGACGAACUUACAGCCCUGUACGCCGUCUCCGACGUAUGUCUCGUUUCUUCCACUCGCGACGGUAUGAACCUGGUCUCGUAUGAGUACAUUGCGACCCAGCGCGAGCGCCACGGCGUCAUGAUUCUCUCCGAGUUCACCGGUGCCGCCCAAUCCCUUAACGGCUCCCUUAUCGUCAACCCCUGGAACACAGAGGAGCUGGCGAACGCCAUCCACGACGCCGUCACCAUGUCUCCCGAGCAGCGCGAGACCAACUACAAGAAACUCGAGCGCUACGUUUUCAAGUACACGUCCUCAUGGUGGGGCCAGUCCUUCGUCGCCGAGAUGACCCGCCUCUCCCAGGAGACGUCGCAGUCCAAGACACUCCGGAACAUCAGCGGAAACGUUGUCGGCCAGGUCAGCAAGGCGCUACACGGCGCCAUUGAGGGUGCUUCGAACCUGACUGGCGGCAAGGACAGUGCAGACGAGACGAAGCAAGAAGCAUAG